AUGCCCUCCAUGCCCUAUGGCCAGAUGAGGGACCAGGCCCUCGGAAACUGUGACAUCCACACCCAGCUGAUGGAGAUGGUGCUGUCCUUGCGGCAGACCGUGGAGGAUCACAUCACGCAGCUGAUGACCAGGCACCAGCAGCAGGACCUGGCGCUGGAGAAGCAGAGGCACAAUCAGGCCGUCAGGGACCAGGAGGCCUUCCGUCACUUAAUGUUCCAGAUGCUCCACUACCUGCAGUCUGGGGCCACAGGUGACGGGAGCUUCCAACUGCCUAACGCUUCCAUGGACUCUAGGGUCGAUGUCGGAGGUGGGCAGCAGGCCAAAUCAUCCAGGCAGACUUGCCAGACCCCCCAAUGGAGUGAUUUUGAAGAUACAUUUAUCAGCUAUGACCGGUCCAACCGUGGGAUGGACAUCUCUGCCUUAUACAACUCCAGCUUCCAGGACUACAACACCUACCAAGGAAACCACAAGGACAAGAACACCCUGGGCUACAUCAACCUUGGUACCAGUGAGAACAAGAUCUGUAUUGAUCUGCUGGCUGAAAGGUUGACUCAGACUGACAUGCUGUACAUUGAUGAAGACCUACUGCAGUAUCCUGAUUGGAGAGGGCAACCAUUCCUGUGGAAAGAAGUAGCCCGGUUCCUGACCUCCUACUGUAAGGCACCUGCCCGCCUUGAAAAUGUGGUUGUUCUAAAUGGCUGCUCCUCUGUCUUCUCCGCACUAGCCAUGGUUCUGUGUGAUCCAGGUGAGGCCUUUCUGGUCCCCACCCCCUCCUAUGGUGGCUUUAUCUUUAGUACCCACCUGUAUGCGAAAGUUGAGCUGGUUCCUGUCCACCUGGAGAGCCAGGUCACUGAGGCGAGCGCCUAUCCAUUCCAGCUCACUGUAGACAAGCUGGAACAAGCCCUGCUCGGGGCUAAGAUUGAGGGGAAAAAGUUCAGAGACCUUGUGCUAAUCAACCCUCAGAAUCCUCUGGGAGACGUCUACUCCCGAGACUCAGUGAUGGAAUAUUUGGAAUUUGCCAAGAAGUAUAACCUACAUGUGAUUAUAGAUGAGAUUUACAUGCUGUCUGUGUUUGAUGAAGCCAUCCCAUUCCAUAGUGUUCUGAGCCUGGAGAGUUUGCCUGACCCCAACAAGACCCAUGUGAUCUGGGGCACCAGUAAGGAUUUCGGCACCUCUAGCUUCCGGUUUGGCACUCUAUACACCCGCAACAGGGAGGUGGCCUCUGCCAUGAGCUCCUUUGGCUACCUCCACAGCAUCUCUGGCGUCACCCAGUAUAAGCUGUGUCAGCUGCUCCAGGACAGAGAAUGGAUUGACAAUGUGUACCUGCCCAUUUAUCGCUUCCGGCUGCAGGAGGCUCACAGGUACAUUACUAAGAAACUGAAGGUAUUGAAAGUCCCUUUUCUCAAUCGUGGCUCUGGCCUCUAUGUCUGGAUCAACUUGAAACAGUACCUGGACCCAUGCACAUUUGAGGAAGAGCUGCUCCUCCAUUGCCGCUUCCUGCACAACAAGCUGAUUUUGUCCCGUGGCAAGACCUUCAUGUGUAAGGAGCCUGGCUGGUUCCGCCUCAUCUUUGCAGCUAGGCCCCUCCUGCUAAGAAGCGCCAUGCAGCAGUUCCAUCAGGUGCUAGUGGAGCAGGGGCAAGAUUGGAGAGUGAAGCAACUGGAGGAUGCAAAGAAGGAGGAAGUGUCUACCUCCCAGCCAGCGGCUCCAGCCAGUCUCACUCUCAGGAAGCCCUGA